ACUGUUUAUAAUGCCUCGGCGAGUUAAUGAGGAAGAGAGGUUACCUCAGAAGAAACUCAAGGUGGUGGAGGAGCCUCCUAGCUUGGACGUCAGUUUCUGUGAUGACGAGGCUUUGCCACCGGGAAUAGUAUUUACUGAUAUUUUGCAGAAGAAGUGGCGCAUAGGAAAACCUAUAGGUAGAGGUAGUUUCGGUAGGAUAUACUUAGCAUCAGAUGAGACGGAUAAAGAAGUGACAAAAUUAAAUGCAAGAUAUGUAGUUAAGAUCGAACCACAUACCAAUGGACCACUGUUUGUUGAAGUACAUUGCCUCAUCAGGACUGCACAAGUCACAAAAGUAAAAACCUGGCGUCAACAGAACAAACAAAAGAGACUUGGUAUGCCACUAUACAUUGCUAGCGGAUCAUUCGCAGAUAAUAAUACAGGUGUUAAAUACAGAUUCCUUGUUCUACCUCGCUAUGAUAUUGAUUUACACAAAAUUAUAUUAAAAACGAAGGUCUUAGACUUAAGAAAUGUACUUGUAAUAGCCAUACAAAUACUUGACGCAUUGGAAUAUCUCCAUAACCAUGGUUAUACACACUCGGAUAUCAAAAGUUCUAAUCUCAUGCUUGGUUUCGAUGGUAAUAAAUUAAACAAAGUUGUCAAACCUGCCCCGUCGUACCAGAAGGAUAAUAAACAACUAGUAUUACUAUCAAGGAAGCAUAGAAAGACUAAAACAAGCAAAUCUAGAGCGUCUAAUUAUUACGAUGAUGAAGAUUUCAUAGUACGAGACUACAGAUCUUCAUUGGAAAGUCAAGAAGACAAUGAUAAAAGAUUGGCAAGUGUCAAGAAAAAAUUAAGAAGAAUACUGUCAGACAAAGAUAGUAGAACCUUACAUCGACAUCACGCUUUUAAUCUCAGACAAUUGUCUAAUUACGUAAACUAUGAAGAUUUAAAUAGCUCUGUUUGCUCUGAUCAAUCAUAUCAAAAACUUCUAGACGAUUUCGGGAAUAAAAAUCUCAUUUACACAUCAAGGAGUAUACAUGACUAUGAAGAUACAAAUAAAGAAACAAAUGAACUUGAUUUGGACGAUAUCCGUAGAGAAGCUAUAUUAUCUCAAUCAAACGGACAAGUAUAUUUGCUGGACUAUGGUCUUGCAUCAAAAUUUCUUGAUUCCAAUGGUAAUCAUAAAGACUUUGGUAUGGAUGCUAGAAAAGCUCACGAUGGAACUCUAGAAUAUAGUUCACGAGACUCUCACAUUGGCGCACAUUCUAGACGCUCUGAUUUAGAAACGUUGGGUUACAAUUUAUUAGAUUGGCUGACUGGUACCUUACCUUGGAAAACAACUGAAGUUUUAGCAGAACCUGAUUUAGUUCACGCUCUGAAGAAAAAUUUCAUGAGUGAUGUCAAACUGCUACUAAAAACAUGUUUCAAAACUGAAUUCUAUCCUCAUUUCAUGGAGAAAUAUCUGCAGUACAUAACUAGUCUUGAUUUUGCCGAAAAACCUGAUUACGAGUAUUGUAGAAGUCUGUUCAAAAGUGAGUUAUUAAAAAAUGGAUAUCCCAUAGAUAAGGACUUAUCAGUUAAUUUUGCUGAAGCAUCGAUGUCGCCAAUGAGUCGCAAAAUGUAUUAUGCAAAGAAAUUCGGCAGGAAAAAUACUCCACCAGACUUUUUAGCUAGAAAUGGCAUCAAAAAGGCUUACGAAAGAGAGAAUGUUUGUUCGUUGGAAAAUGAUCUAAAAUUAGAACUUCUUAAACAAACACUUAAUACGUCAAGUGAGGGUAUUCGUAAACCUUGCGCAUCAAGAAACUUCUUUAUAUCGGAUGCGGAUCUAGUAGCUCGAUUGAAGAAAUCCCUUAUGCCACAUGACAUAUUUGGUAAAAAACUGUCGCCCAAGAAUUUAAGAUCAAAGAAAAAGAAUAUUACACGGCGCAAAGGCGUCAGAAGGCAUAGAAAUAGCAUUGGCAAGUUUGGAAAAUUCAUGGGUUCAGCCAGACAGUUUACAUGGGCUGAAAUAUUAGCAGGGAAUCCGGAAGACAUUAUACGUAAGGAACGUAAUCCAACAAGUGAUAACAAUGAGGAAGAUGAAGACUCAACUUGCAAAUAUAGAAUACGUAAACUUUCUAAUGCCUCGGAAAUGUCUGAUGCUAACACACAAUCAGUACUACUACAGAAAGAUUACUUACUAAACAUGAAUCCUACUUACGCUAUGAAAGAGGUUGUUGCAAAUUUGAAAAAGAAAAUUAAUACAAAAGCAACGAAAGAUUCAGAAGAAAAAUUGGCAAAUCCUCUCUUAGAAGGCUAUACACCAGCUAUGAUUAGAGUAUAUAAAAUGAAAGAAAAGAGAGAAUUGAAAGAAAAUCUUGAAGUUAAUAAGAAAAAGAAUGUAAAUAAAGAAGUACCUAUGACUAGAUGUACAAGGUCCAUGACUAAUAAAGUGAAGCAAAUUGAUUCAAAACAAAAAACAGCUAAAGAAAAACCUUCAAAUGAAGAAAUCAAAAAUGAAGUUGACAAUAAACAAAGUACUUUUAAAAAGUCUAACAGAAAAACAAAAGUUACAAAAAAUAACAAUAAAGAAGUUAAAAUAGAAGAAACAACAAUUACACCAAAAGUUAUUAAAAAAACUGGACGUAAAGCACAAGUACCUACAAACAGGAGAAGGUUAAGGAGUAGCAAACGCAAAAAGCAGUAGCAUAAGUCUUAAGUGUCUUGUCUUAUUAUUGUCAAGUUCAAAAUUUAAUUAACUAGUAGAAUAAGCUUUAAUGAGAAACCUGCAUUUUUAAAUUUAAAAAGAUAACUGAUCUGUGAAGAAUAUUUUUUUUUAUAUAUAUAUAUAUAUAUAUAAUAUGACAAUCUUGGUGACAUUUGGUUAAAGUGGAUGUCGAAAUUUAUGUGUAUUUAUUAUGUUUUGCCUUAAGUUCAUCACACUCAUAUAUAUUUGUGAUCCUUCCUAAAUCAUUUGUCAUUACUAGUUUACGAUAGACAUUAUUUUUAGUGUUUUGUGAUUUCCUAUAAUAAAUAAGGUUGAAAAAUAAAUAAAUUACUGUUUUAAA